GGCGGGCCGGCACGGAGAGUCCUGAGUGCCGGGAGAGGGAAGAACAAACUGCCCUGGGAAGCAGAGCGCGGCGGAGACGGGGAAGGCGGAGCGGGAGACGUGGUGCCUUUCGCCGAGGGCGUGGAGCAGUUCUCUUCACCUGGAGAUUUUCUCCAUUCUCCAAAGCUGCAGCCCUCUCAAGGAACGCCAGGCAGCGAUGAGUUACUUUUUAGUAGAAGAAGACCGUCAAGAAAUUUAUUUCAGAAUAGCGUAGAUUUUAAUUCUGAGCAUUCUUCUCUUUGUGCUGGUGCUGUGGGCUCUCAUCAGCCACAUACUUCAGGGAAAUGUGGGACGCUUGGAUACACACAGACACGUGGGAAGAGUGGUAGUGUGGACUCUGCUUUACAGUUUUUGGGAUUAAAUAACUGCCAGCAAGACAAAGUUUGUGCCAGCCUGAAUUUUUCCAGCAAGACCCAGCGAGGUGUUUGCAGUCAAGCAGAACACACGUCGUCCUCGCAAGGUACUGCUGCACACCAGGGGGCCUUCAUCCUGCCAUCCUACCCUCUGACAUCACCUGGGAGCAGCCCCAAGCACCUCUCCUCUCCAGCUGAGUCCCCAAAGAAGUCACAACAUAACACCAUGAGCUUCUCAAACUCCUGGCCUCUUAAAAGCUUUGAAGGGCUGCACAAGCCGAGUUCUCAAAAGCCAAGAGACAGCGCAGGGCAGAACUUGCAGGAGAAGCAUUCUCCUCUGCAGCUGAAGCCCACCUUGGUGAGACACCCAGCAUCCCGCCGGGGGCUGGCUGGGAGCAGCAGGCCUGUGCCCCCCAUCCCACACCUGGCCAGCCCGCUGCCCAGCAGGACGCAGGGGAGAGCUGAGCAGUGUGAGGAUACGUGGAUGAAUGAAGCGGGCAGGAAGCUUGCAGCUGAUCUGUCAGAGCUGAGUGUCGAUGACGAGGAGGUGGACCAAGAAGAGAUGCAGAAUUCACUUAGAUCUCUACGAAACAGCGCAGCUAAGAAGAGGGCAAAGCUAAGCAGUAACUUUGCAGAACUUGACAGUCCUGAUUCUGCCCUCAAGCUCAGUCUGUCUGCAGAUUCCCCUUCUCACGCUGCCUCCCCAAGCUCCUGUAGCGAAAGUGGAGCUCACAGCCAGGAGUCUCUGACCUCACCUGUAUCCACAGCUCCUCGGAGAAGGAGAGUAAUGUCAGACACCUUUCCACUGCUGGGAAGUAAAGCACAGCCUGCAAGCAUCUCUUCUGCCAGGAGUAGAGAUGCAAAUGUGGCAGAGCAUAACUCAAGCCCAGUGUUGGCAUGUAGCUCCAAGCAGCUGAGCAGCCCAGGUUCCAUUUCACCCAAUCUGCUGUCUGAAGACGCGGUCGAAAUCGUCGGUAAAGGUGUGUUUGGAAGUCCUCCUCCUGCACAGACACAGAGCCAGGCUGUAAGGUGUGUAGAGAACGGAGAUGACCGGUCUGUCCAGGAGCCUGAGCCAUCGCCGGGGGUCUGUGGGAGAAGCAUCCAGCAUGGCAGCACUUCUCACUUCCAUGUUGAAAAUGAGAAAGAGGUAAAAGUGACCAUGUCAAAAUCCGCCCAGGAUAAGAUGAGGCAGAAGAAAAAGGAAAGAAAAGAACAAAGUCACAAGGAAUAUCAGGAAGUCAAAGACCUUGAAGAAAAGGAAAAAAGUCCUCGGGAAAGACUGAACCUGAAUGAACCCAAGAGCACAACAGCCGACAAGUUAAAUCUCCAUGGGGAUAUAUUGGCACCAUCAAGAAGUGUGUCACUGUCAUCAGAAAAUGUUGCCCCGAAUGCUUCACUAAGAAGAACAUCCAGUUUGAAGAAGACAAAAUGUUCAGCCUUGCCAGAUUCUGAUGAAAUUCCUCUUGGGCCUCGAGGGCGCUAUAAGGACCGGACCCCAUCGGUCACUCACAGCCCUGAAGUAAUGGAUCCAUCAGAACUAGAGCCCUUUGCAAAACCAGAGGCAGCCCUUGCAGAAGCCCUGGCACUCCUGGCUGACGACGACUGGGAGAAGAAGAUUGAGGGUCUGAACUUCAUUCGGUGUUUGUCUGCAUACCACGCAGCUGUUCUGACUGGGAAGCUCCACGAAACAAGUUUGGCUGUGGCUCAAGAGGUCAAGAAUUUACGCUCAGGUGUUUCUCGAGCUGCUGUGGUCUGUUUAGGGGAUUUGUUCACCUACCUGAGAAAGAGCAUGGAUCAAGAACUAGAUAAUACAGUAAAAGUCCUUUUGCACAAAGCUGGUGAAUCCAACACAUUUAUAAGGGAAGAGGUAGACAAAGCACUGAAGGCUAUGGUUAAUAAUGUGACUCCAGCACGUGCACUUUGUUCUCUUAUAAAUGGAGGGCAAAGCCAUCUGCAUACAGCGGUGAGAAGAUGCACAGCCCAGCACAUGGCAGAUGUUGUAGAACGUAUGGGAGCAGAGUGGGUGCUGUCUGGAACCAAAGGUGUCACUGACAGGACUUUCUCUGCGAUUGCCAGGUUUGCACUGGAUAGUUCACAGCAAACGAGGUAUUAUGGUCGAAAGAUGCUUUUCUGCAUGAUGACUCAUCCUGAUUUUGAUAGAACACUUGAAAAGUAUGUGCCAGCCAAGGAUUUACCUUACAUUAAGGAAUUUGUUAACAAUCUACAUCAAAAGGGUUUGGGAGAGAUGCCAUUAGACACACCCUCAGCAAAAGGAAGACGUUCUCAUACUGGUAGUGUUGGACAUUCGAGGUCAUCGUCUACUUCCAGAGAUGCUCUCAACAUCACUGACAGAGAGGCUACAGAAGCACGUGAAGUCAGUAGAAAACCAGUUCCUCGUAAUUCCCUGGAAAGUGAAGAAUAUGUGAAGGACAUUGUAGGUUUAUUGAAUGCAAAAGACUUCCGUGAUCGAAUAAAUGGAAUUAAACAACUGCUAUCAGAUACAGAGAACAAUCAAGAUUUUGUUGUUGUGAACAUUGUGAAGAUCUUCGAUGCUUUCAAGUCUCGCUUACACGACUCAAACAGCAAAGUCAACCAGGUUGCUUUGGAGACAAUGCACAAGAUGAUUCCAUUGCUGAAAGACAAUUUAUCACCAGUUAUCAACAUGUUAGUUCCUGCAAUGGUAGAUAACAACCUAAACUCCAAAAAUCCAGGGAUCUACGCAGCUGCAACAGAUGUUAUUCAGGCUCUGUGUCAACACUUAGACAGCUAUUUGCUUCUGCAGCCGUUCUGCACAAAAGUUCAAUUUCUGAAUGGAAAAGCAAAACAAGACAUCACCGAAAAGCUCGCUGACCUGGUUGUGGAGCUGUACCCUCGGAAGCCUCACGCUGUAGAGCAGAAGGUUUUAGUCGUCCUCUGGCACCUCCUGGGCACCAUGACCAACAGCGGCUCUCUGCCUGGAGCAGGAGGAAACAUCCGGGCAGCCACAGCCAAACUGUCCAAAGCACUUUUUGCACAGAUGGGGCCGAGCCUCCUCGCUCACGCUGCAGCUCAGCCACCGCACAUCAAGAGGAGUUUGGAGGAGUUCCUGGAGAUAGCCACCUAACCCAGCGGGCCGAGGGGCAGAUGGCAGUUGCUGUGGGGCGGCCCUGGGCCGGUGUUCACUUGGCACAGGAGCUGCUGGCGGAGUCACCCUGGCAGUGCGGGCGCGGGCUGUGCUGCUGCCCUCAGCGCUGGGACCUGCGAGCACCGCCCCUCGCACGCAGCCGGAGGGGAC